CAGAAACACUACCGUGACUGUGAGGCGUUCAGUUUACCCACCAGCGUGUCUGAGAGACAGUGCCGAGGCUGAAACUAACUUCCUUUAAAGAAAAAACAAAUCCCAAAACGGUUUAAUUAGUGCAGGUGGAGGAGGGUAAUGGGUUAAUGGUGGAAGGCCUCGCUUCACCUUUUUAUUGCGCGUCACAGUGUUCUGGUCCCACCUUCAUCACCAUCAUUACCACCGUCCUCCUUCAGGCAGCAGCAUAAUCUCACCGAAGACAGACAGACAGACAGAGAGAGAGAGAGAGAGAGAGAGAGAGAGCUCAUCUCUCUCCGCCGACACUUGCUCCUCCUCGCCUCGGUCGGUUGCAGUCGAUCACCGGCUCCCACUAUCAUUAUCUUCAUCAUCACACAUCCUGGUGACAGUGGAAACUGAGGCAGCGAGAGAGUAACAGGAACCAUGAAGGACCGAAUGCAAGAACUUAAACACGGGAAGGAGAUGACAGAGGAGGAGGAUGAAGUCGCUGUGGGGAUGGAUAAAGGCUUCAUGGACGAAUUCUUUGAACAGGUGGAAGAAAUCCGAGGUUUUAUUGAGUCUCUGGCCGAGAAGGUCGAAGAGGUGAAGAGGAAGCACAGCGCCAUCCUCGCCUCACCUAACCCUGAUGAGAAAACUAAAGCUGAGCUGGAGGAUCUUAUGGCUGACAUCAAGAAGUUGGCCAACAAAGUGCGCUCCAAAUUAAAGAGUAUCCAACAAAGCAUCGAGCAAGAGGAAGGGCAGAAUCGUUCGUCGGCUGACCUGAGGAUACGUAAAACACAGCACUCCACACUGUCCCGCAAGUUUGUCGAAGUGAUGUCAGAAUACAACACCACACAGUCGGACUACAGGGAGCGCUGCAAGGGACGCAUUCAGAGACAGUUGGAGAUCACUGGAAGAAAUACAACAAAUGAGGAGCUGGAGAGCAUGUUAGAGAGUGACAACCCAGCUAUCUUUACUUCAGGGAUCAUCAUGGACAAUAUCACCCAGCAAGCGAUGAACGAGAUUGAGACACGGCACACUGAGAUUAUCAAGCUGGAGAACAGUAUUAGAGAGCUCCACGACAUGUUCAUGGACAUGGCCAUGUUGGUGGAGAGCCAGGGGGAAAUGAUAGACCGCAUAGAGUACAAUGUGGAGCACUCGGUAGACUAUGUGGAGAGGGCGGUAUCAGACACUAAGAAGGCAGUAAAAUACCAGAGUAAAGCUCGGAGGAAGAAAAUUAUGAUUCUUAUAUGCUGUGUGGUUCUGGGGAUCGUGAUUGCUUCCAUCGUUGGGGGAACGCUGGCCUGAACCUCAGCCACGGUCACGCUGAAACAGAAACACACUCACGCACACACUCACUCACUCACACACACACACACAUAAACACAAGAGAGCGAAAGCGGGGCAGACACACAGUUCCUGUUUCCUGUUUUCACAAAUGCAAUCUCUGACAUGUUCAGCACCUUCUGUACGAUACAUUUUAAACCCAGUGUACAGAGGCAACAGGUGUUCCACAGGUGUUCCUCGCAUGAGUUGCUAUUUUGUAAUCGUGUGGUGCUGCAAAAUGUUCAUCUGAGUGUUGAGUGUUGUCAACGACGUGGUGUUUCCAAGACGUGAACUAUUGAAUGAAACAGUUACUAAAAUGCUAUGUAAAACUAUACUAAUACAUUCCAACUUCCAAACACGACAUCGCAGUUGUAAUGUCUGUUUUGUGUUGUACAGGCAAAGUAUCAGGCCACUAAUCCACAGUGUUUUCAAAGUCACUUCUUUUCUUUUUUUUCUUUUGUCUUCUGCUUUUAUGUCUCCGGCGUCUCCUGCCUCCCCUCGGACGCCCUGCAUGGUUAAAUUCACUGUGAUGUGGGAUUUCUUUGCUCGUAGAAUCAUGAUUUAAUGACUUCUCUUCUCGUUCGCAGGAUGUUAAGUUCUUAGUCGUUCUUAGUCGUUCCAGGUUUAUGGUCAUCUUCAGGAGGAGUUUGACGUUUCAUCUAAAAAGCUUCUUCACACGUCAUUCACUCCCUGACCCAGGCUCAGAUUGUUAGUUUCAAGGUUUCAAGCUUUGAAAGAGACUCAACAGUUAUUAUUAAAAUGAUUGUAUGACAGUUGAUCUUUGUGGAAGAAGCACGCAGGACAGCAUUGUACUGUAGGUGGCUGGUAGUUGGUGCCAUUGGUGCCGUUGGUGCCUUUGUCUGCUGCUCUGAGGUUAUUAAAAUUAUGUUUGUGUAUAUUAAAUUUAGAAAAAUCCCAAUCUCACACUCUAUUGGAUUACUCAGAACUCAGUAUCACCCAAAUUAAAACCCAUUUUUUUUAUCCAUCUUUAAAUGUAUAAAGCUAUUUAUUACCAACACCUCUGUGACCUCUGAACUUCUGUGACCAUUGCUGCAUAAAGCAAGUCUCAUCAGGUCAGCUGGUUAGCUGCUAUACCUGAUUGUGUUCCCAUUGUCAGCAUCUGUGCAACAAAAUAUCACGUCUGAGAAACCUAAAAGUAUUCAAAAAGUAAAUAAGGCAAUAUUUCGAGUCACUUUGGUUUUGAUUUUAUGGUAGCACAGGACAGUUUUUUAUCCGUAAACACUGUGACCUACAGCUGCUGUUUAUUUUUUACAUAAUAUUUACAUUAUUCGACACAAGCAAAGAGGGGUUCAAGGGAAAAAGAAGGUUGGGACCCACUGCCCUCCUCCUGAGUGAUGGAUUCUCCAGGUUAAUGUACUGGACUUUGUUUGCUCCUUGUUCAAACCAUCUGUCGUCCCUGACUGGAACGUGUCCAUUGUCGUCAUCAAAAGUGUCCAGACUCAUGUCCAGAUGUGUUUGGUUGGUGUUGAAUUUUAAUGUUCAACACAAUCCUCAUUAUAUUGUACUACGUCAACCACAGGAAUCUGUUUUUGAGUUUUGUCCUUUGGUGAUCAUGUUUCUGUCUUUAAAGGGUAGGGUUGGAGAUCCUGGAAAAACAGUUAGAGCAGGGGUCAGGUGGCAGUUUGAUUGAUGCGUCGCAAUCCAAUUGAUUUGUUCGGGCCAUUCAAUAUGACUGGAUUUUUACAGCCAUUUUUCAUUUUUCUGACAAUGCAUUAAUGAAUUGGUUCCAAUCAAACCUUUAAGUGUUGCAGGGAUAGAGGUGCAGUCAAACUAACAACCUGAAACUGGGUCAGGGUUUGAACAUAAUGACUCUCUUUUUGUCAGAACUGAAGAAGCCUCUUGGAUGAGGUGAAACUUCUUCAACACAAGUUCACUCCUGAAGAUCACACAGUCCAUGGUGAACUGUACUUGUUGUUUCAUCUGGCCUUUACCACUUUACAGCGUUUCUGACUGUGGCUCCAGUGUGAGUGACUGAGUGAGUGCAUGUAUGCAUAAAGUGAAAGAGGAUGUGUGUGUGUGUUUUUUUUGUGUUUUUUUUUUACAUGUCUUAAGACAUGGCAGGAGAAUGUGGCUCUUUGUGAAUAAUCACCUGUUUGUUUUGUAUAAAGUGUAAACUGAUAUAAAGCUCACUAACACUGCCAGUAUGUUCAAAUAAGUUGUUGAAAUGGAGUCUAGUCUGGUUUGUUCUGCAAGUGACAGGACCCUUUUGUUGUUUUGUGUAUUUUUUAUAAACUCUGAGCUUAAACGGGCCUUAAACAGUCAUUCUGUCAAACUGCUGUUUAUUUUUUACGAGCGAACUCGAUGAAAGCGUCACCGUGAAUUCACGAUAUCCCAGAGAAACAAACUUGACACACACCUUUCUGGCAACAACAUCAGACAUGCACAGACUGCAACCAUGUUACCGUGUUGCCUACUCAACUCGUUGCCUUCGUGUUGUGUUGUUGUGAUGAUAUGGUUUUGUUCGUAUAAUCGGAAAUGUUUUUGGGUUUUUUUUUGAGUAAAGUUUGUCUGAAAAAACA